AUGGACUCCCUCGUCACCCGAUACAGCCGCCCCGCGGCGCUCCAGCGCGAGACACACCACGAGGACAGCUUCGAUGAUGUCCAGGAUGACAUGGCGCCUGCCUUGUCUCUCAAGUUCGCCAUGCCGCCUGUAGCCCAGCCCUCCGCCUGGCUCCGCGCCGCUACCGACGACCGGUCAAACCCCGACUGCCCUAUCAAGAUUGCCCACGGCACGACAACUCUCGCCUUCCGUUUCAAGGGUGGCAUCAUAGUAGCGACGGAUUCGCGUGCGACGGCAGGCAACUGGAUCGCCUCGCAGACGGUCAAGAAGGUCAUCGAGAUCAACGACAAGAUGCUGGGCACGAUGGCUGGUGGUGCCGCCGAUUGCCAGUACUGGCUCGGCUGGCUGGGCAUGCAGUGCCGGUUGCACGAGCUCCGCCACAAGCGCCGCAUCAGCGUCGCCGCGGCCUCCAAGAUCCUCGCAAACCUCGUCUAUCAGUACAAGGGCAUGGGCCUGUCCAUGGGCACCAUGUGUGCGGGCGUCACCAAGGAGGAAGGCCCCGCGCUGUACUACAUCGACAGCGACGGCACGCGGCUCGCAGGCAACCUGUUCUGCGUUGGCUCCGGUCAGACCUUUGCGUACGGUGUCCUCGACGCCGAGUAUGACUACAACUUGAGCGAUGAGGACGCGCUCGAGCUCGGCAAGCGCAGUAUCCUGGCUGCCGCCCACCGUGACGCGUACUCGGGUGGUUUCGUCAACUUGUACCAUGUCAAGGAAGCCGGCUGGACCAAGCACGGAUUCAUGGACACGAACCCGAUGUUCUGGGAGACGAAGCUGGAGAAGGGCGAGUUCAGCAACGUCACGAGCGCGCUGGAGUAA